GCACAGCAGCUAAGGCAGAGGCAGCUGCUGCUAGGGUGAGCCGGGUUGCGCGUGGGGACACUGGCAGCCUCCAGUCCUGAACUUGGCUGGGCUAGGGCGGAGCGAGGCGGGAGCUUGGGGCCGGGAGGGGGCGGGGAGCGCUCGCUCAGGAAGCUCCUACCCCGAGGCGCUGCCGAAGCCUGGAGCAUCCUGCCGCUGAGCUGAGCGAAGCUCUGGAUCUGCACGCUUGACAGCCCCGGGAGAAGGAGGCGCGGGAGACAGGGUGAUCAGCGAGAUUCACAGCCCUGGAACUGCGCGGGCUCCGGCGGCGGCAGCUCCAGGAACCCUACAUCAAUUUUCAUUUGACAAGCUGGUGACCAAGAUGCCCAGAGAUUAGUCCCCAUGCGUGUGCGUCACCUUAGACACAGUCAUAAGACACAGCAAGCCUCCAGUCUUCCUGACCUGUUGCUUGGGGACACGUCCCUUCCCUGCUCCUGACAUCUGCCUGGUCAACCUUGGCUUCCUCAGAGAACAAGGAAGGAGGUGGGACACAUGAAACCAUGCCACCCAAGGCCGAAUGGCAAUGAGCAAGUGACGCCAAGUUGACGUCAAAGACAGAAGCGGCUGAAAUUCUGCAACCAGCUCUUUUCCCGGAGUAGCUCGGGGCCCCUGCAAGAGUCAUCUUAGCUUAGAGGUCUUCCAAAGGACACAGACACCAUGGAAGAGCACACAUUUGGAGUUCAGCAGAUCCAACCCAAUGUCAUUUCUGUCCGUCUCUUCAAACGCAAAGUCGGGGGUCUGGGCUUCUUGGUGAAGGAACGGGUCAGCAAGCCCCCCGUGAUCAUCUCCGACCUAAUUCGAGGAGGUGCCGCGGAACAGAGCGGCCUUAUCCAAGCGGGAGACAUCAUUCUAGCCGUCAAUGGCCGGCCCCUGGUGGACCUCAGCUAUGAGAGUGCCCUGGAGGUACUCAGGGGCAUUGCCUCUGAGACCCAUGUGGUCCUCAUUCUGAGGGGCCCCGAGGGCUUCACUACACACCUGGAGACCACCUUCACAGGAGACGGAACCCCCAAGACCAUCCGGGUGACCCAGCCCUUGGGUCCCCCCACCAAAGCUGUUGAUCUGUCCCACCAACCAUCAGGCGGCAAAGGCCAGCCAUUAGCAGUAGGCAGGACCAUGGGUCCUGGUAAUGGGCCUCAGCAUGCCCAUGGCAAUGGACAGGAAGCUGGCUUAGUCUCCCAAGCUAAUGGUCUGGCCAUUGACCCUACAAUAAAAAGUACCAAGGCCAAUCUCCAGGACAGCCGGGAACAUGACGAACUACUCAAAGAGAUAGAACCUGUACUGAGCCUCCUCAACAGUGGAGGCAAAGCAAUCAGCAGAGGUGGACCAGCCAAAGCAGAAAUGAAGGACACAGGUGUCCAGGUGGACAGAGACGGGGACGGCAAGCUGCACAAAGCUCUGCCGCUGGGCGGCGAGAACGACCGAGUGUUCAAUGACCUGUGGGGGAAGGGCAACGUCCCUGUGGUCCUCAACAACCCGUAUUCAGAGAAGGAGCAGCCCCCCACCUCGGGAAAGCAGUCCCCCACCAAGAAUGGCAGCCCUUCCAGGUGCCCCCGCUUCCUCAAGGUCAAGAACUGGGAGACAGAUGUGGUCCUCACUGACACUCUGCACCUCAAGAGUACAUUGGAAACGGGGUGCACAGAGCACAUCUGCAUGGGCUCUGUCAUGCUGCCGUCCCAGCACACUCGGAAGCCAGAAGAUGUCCGCACAAAGGACCAGCUCUUCCCGCUAGCCAAAGAAUUUCUCGACCAAUACUACUCAUCCAUUAAAAGGUUUGGCUCCAAGGCGCACAUGGACAGGCUGGAGGAGGUGAACAAGGAGAUCGAAAACACCAGCACCUACCAGCUCAAGGACACCGAGCUCAUCUACGGAGCCAAGCAUGCCUGGCGGAAUGCCUCUCGAUGUGUGGGCAGGAUCCAGUGGUCCAAGCUGCAGGUGUUCGAUGCCAGAGACUGCACCACGGCCCAUGGCAUGUUCAACUACAUCUGUAACCACGUCAAGUAUGCCACCAACAAGGGGAACCUCAGGUCAGCCAUCACUAUAUUCCCCCAGAGGACAGACGGCAAGCAUGACUUCCGAGUGUGGAACUCACAGCUCAUCCGCUAUGCCGGCUACAAGCAACCAGAUGGCUCUACCUUGGGGGACCCUGCGAAUGUGCAGUUUACAGAGAUCUGUAUUCAGCAGGGCUGGAAAGCCCCGAGAGGCCGCUUCGAUGUCCUGCCACUCCUGCUCCAGGCCAAUGGCAAUGACCCUGAGCUCUUCCAGAUCCCCCCAGAGCUGGUGCUGGAAGUGCCCAUCAGGCACCCCAAGUUUGACUGGUUUAAAGACCUGGGGCUCAAAUGGUAUGGCCUCCCUGCUGUGUCCAACAUGCUGCUGGAGAUUGGGGGUCUGGAGUUUAGCGCCUGUCCCUUCAGCGGCUGGUACAUGGGCACAGAGAUCGGCGUCCGUGACUACUGUGACAACUCUCGAUACAACAUCCUGGAGGAAGUAGCCAAGAAGAUGAACUUGGACAUGAGGAAGACGUCCUCCCUGUGGAAGGACCAGGCAUUGGUGGAGAUCAACAUUGCUGUUCUGUACAGCUUCCAGAGUGACAAGGUGACCAUCGUUGACCACCACUCUGCCACUGAGUCCUUCAUCAAACACAUGGAAAAUGAGUACCGCUGCAGAGGGGGCUGCCCUGCCGACUGGGUGUGGAUUGUGCCCCCCAUGUCGGGCAGCAUCACCCCCGUCUUCCACCAGGAGAUGCUCAACUAUCGACUCACCCCCUCCUUUGAAUACCAGCCUGACCCAUGGAACACGCAUGUGUGGAAGGGUACCAAUGGGACCCCCACGAAGCGGCGAGCCAUUGGCUUCAAGAAAUUGGCAGAAGCUGUCAAGUUCUCGGCCAAGCUGAUGGGGCAGGCCAUGGCCAAGAGGGUCAAAGCAACGAUUCUCUAUGCCACAGAGACAGGCAAAUCACAAGCCUAUGCCAAGACCCUGUGUGAGAUUUUCAAGCACGCCUUUGACGCCAAGGCAAUGUCCAUGGAGGAGUAUGACAUUGUGCACCUGGAGCACGAAGCCCUGGUCUUGGUGGUCACCAGCACCUUUGGCAAUGGAGACCCCCCUGAGAACGGGGAGAAAUUUGGCUGCGCUUUGAUGGAGAUGAGGCACCCAAGCUCUGUGCAGGAGGAAAGGAAGAGCUACAAGGUUCGAUUCAACAGCGUUUCCUCCUAUUCUGACUCCCGCAAGUCAUCAGGCGAUGGGCCUGACCUCAGGGACAACUUUGAAAGCACUGGACCCCUGGCCAAUGUGAGGUUCUCAGUAUUCGGCCUGGGCUCUCGGGCAUACCCUCACUUCUGCGCCUUUGGGCAUGCAGUGGACACCCUCCUGGAGGAGCUAGGAGGGGAGAGGAUUCUGAAGAUGAGGGAGGGGGAUGAGCUCUGUGGGCAGGAAGAGGCAUUCAGGACCUGGGCCAAGAAGGUCUUCAAGGCAGCCUGUGAUGUGUUCUGUGUGGGGGAUGACGUCAACAUCGAGAAGGCGAACAAUUCCCUCAUCAGCAACGACCGCAGCUGGAAGAGGAACAAGUUCCGCCUCACCUACGUGGCUGAAGCUCCAGAGCUGACACAAGGUCUUUCCAGUGUGCACAAAAAGCGAGUCUCAGCUGCUCGAUUCCUUAGCCGCCAAAACCUGCAGAGCCCCAAGUCCAGCCGAUCAACCAUCUUCGUGCGUCUCCACACCAAUGGGAAUCAGGAACUGCAGUACCAGCCAGGCGACCACCUAGGUGUCUUCCCUGGCAACCACGAGGACCUCGUGAAUGCGCUCAUUGAGCGGCUGGAGGAUGCACCGCCUGCCAACCACAUGGUGAAGGUGGAGAUGCUGGAGGAGAGGAACACAGCUCUGGGCGUCAUCAGCAAUUGGAAGGAUGAGCCUCGCCUCCCACCCUGCACCAUCUUCCAGGCCUUCAAGUACUACCUGGACAUCACCACGCCACCCACGCCCCUGCAGCUACAGCAGUUCGCCUCCCUGGCCACCAGCGAGAAAGAGAAGCAGCGGCUGCUGGUCCUCAGCAAGGGGCUGCAGGAAUAUGAGGAGUGGAAAUGGGGCAAGAACCCCACUAUUGUGGAGGUGCUGGAGGAGUUCCCGUCCAUCCAGAUGCCGGCUACACUUCUCCUCACCCAGCUGUCCCUGUUGCAGCCUCGCUACUAUUCCAUCAGCUCCUCCCCAGACAUGUACCCCGACGAAGUGCACCUCACUGUGGCCAUUGUCUCCUACCACACUCGAGAUGGGGAAGGACCCAUUCACCAUGGCGUGUGCUCCUCCUGGCUCAACCGGAUACAGGCUGAUGACAUAGUCCCCUGCUUCGUGAGAGGUGCCCCUAGCUUCCACCUGCCUCGAAAUCCCCAGGUCCCUUGCAUCCUGGUUGGCCCAGGCACCGGCAUCGCACCCUUCAGAAGCUUCUGGCAACAGCGACAAUUUGACAUUCAACACAAAGGAAUGAAUCCCUGCCCCAUGGUCCUGGUCUUUGGGUGUCGACAAUCCAAGAUAGAUCAUAUCUACAGAGAGGAGACCCUGCAGGCCAAGAACAAGGGUGUCUUCCGAGAGCUGUAUACUGCCUAUUCCCGGGAACCUGACAGGCCAAAGAAAUACGUGCAGGACGUGCUGCAGGAGCAGCUGGCGGAGCCUGUGUACCGCGCCCUGAAGGAGCAAGGAGGCCACAUCUAUGUCUGUGGGGAUGUCACCAUGGCCGCCGAUGUCCUCAAAGCCAUCCAGCGCAUAAUGACGCAGCAGGGGAAGCUCUCAGAGGAGGAUGCUGGUGUGUUCCUCAGCAGACUGCGGGAUGACAACCGGUACCAUGAGGACAUCUUUGGAGUCACCCUGCGAACAUAUGAAGUGACCAACCGCCUUCGAUCUGAGUCCAUUGCCUUCAUUGAAGAGAGCAAAAAAGACACAGAUGAGGUUUUCAGCUCCUAACUGGAUCCUCCUGCCCCAUGGGAUGGUGGGGUGGCCACCCCAAGUGCCCAAACUAGGGCGGUCACAGUUGACUAACAGCGGACACACAUGGCUGAACCUUCCCCACGGGACCCCAUGUGACCCACCCUGCCUUUUGUCCUGUUGCUGUGUCCUGGUCCUUCCUCCUACCCCACACUCCCAACCCUGGGUUUUCUCCUUGCCUCUUCUCCUGCGAUGCAUUGUCCCUGUACCCUGCAGUGGCUCUUACAAAACUACACCCUCCCUACCCGCUCGUUGCCAAGGGCAGGUUGUGGCGCAUGAAACCACCGGGUCAUGGCUGUCACUCCUGUUGGGGUCUGAAGGCAACAGGCACUGGGCUUCAGAGUCACCCUGAGCCAGUCCCUUGACCACUUCAGCACCUCCCGUGCGUACGUGCGUGCGUGCAUGUGUGUGACAGGCCUACGUCACUCUCUGCCCUCUUACCCAAGUCCUCUGCCUCCGUGAAGGAUGUCCAGUGUCCACUGCCUUCAUGAAGGAUAUUCAGUGUCAUGAAACGUGUUCCUAACUAUUGUUAAUCCCUCUCCAUGUCCAUCAUGACAGAUCUGUGUCAGCCUCUCUGAAACACAUCAAGUCCCUUUACUAAUCUAGUGAACCAAUCACAGCGGGAGAUAGGCAGGUGAUGGAGAGGAAGAUGUCCCUGUGAAGGAGUCAGUUUUUGAAUUCAAGGUGUUCAGAGUCUGACCCCCGUCAGCAGAGGUCUGUCUGGGAGAUUUACCCAGAUGGUGAAUUGGGCAAGCACCUCCCCACCCCCACCCACCCCAGCUGGGGCCACCAGCCCUUGAGCUCCCUCCUUAUACCUAGGCAGCCCCAACUAUGAGCCCAGCAGCCAUGCUGAGCAAGGAAGCAUGCUGGGAGUAGAGACUUCGCCACCAAAGAAAGGUGUGCCUAACUCUAAGUCUGCCCUUAUUGAAGGAAUGGAAGUGCCUCCCGGAGUGCUUUGGAGCCUGGAAGCAAACACCAAGGAAGAAGAAGAUAGCUGGUUUUUAUUCCUCCAAAUCGGCUUGCCUCCCACUUGCGAAUAAUUUCCUCUCCCACACCCCACCCCUAAAACGAGCAGCCAUAGCCGGGGCAAGUUGGCCCUUGGAGGCAACUGUGUUCUGAGUCAGCAGGCCCAAGGGGUCGGUUCUGAGUCCCAUGUUCUGUGCUUUUGUUUGGUUCUGUGAUGCAGAAAAAACAAAACAAAAAAUUUCCUCUACAUCCUGAGCCAGGGCCUGGCUCUCUUGAUGCUAAGUAUUGGGGCUGCCAUAUAGAAAGUGCCAAGGACUUUACGGUUGUGGACCCAAACCUAAGAACAUCAAUCCUUCCUUCCUUCCUUCCAUCCUUCCUUCCUUCCUUCCUUCUCCCUCCCUCCCUCCCUUCCUUCCUUCCUUCCUUCCUUCCAUUUUCCCAGACAGGGUCUACUGUUGCCCAGGCUGGCUUUGAACUCAUGACCUUGAAUUGCUAAUCCUCUUGCCUCUACUUCCCUAGCUAAGAUUACAGGCAUGAACUAUGUCCAGUUUACACUGUGCUGGGGAGGGGGAAGAGGGGUGUCAAACCCACGAUUUUCUGCAUACCAGGCAAGGACUCUACCAAUUGAUCAACAUCCCCAGUCUUCAGUCUUCAACUCAAAACUCAGAGACAGGUCUCAUGCUGCUCCGGACACCCCCACCACAUCCCAUCACUAGCAUGUGGAUUUGUCCCAGUUAUCACCCCCUGGCCCCAGUUAGUAGCAAUGUUUCCCCCAGUAGCCUGGAGGCAAGGCAGCGUCCUCUGACGGUCCCUCCAACACAGUUCCCACCACUUUCUUCCCAGGGACUUCCUUCUCAAUCCUUCAAGCCUCUGCGGACACUUCCUAAGAUGUAGUUUAUUCCCCAGAUCUGAACGGCUAUGCCCAACCUCCAUCUGAGAGCCUUCUUUCUGCACGCCAGCUACAUGCACGCCUGCAUCGGCGAUUUUUCCACCUCUGAAUAAGGAGUGCUUACCAUGUGACAGGCUCCUCCCCACCCCCACCCCUGUAUAUCCGGGUGCUCCCAGUAGCAGGUGAACAGAUGGAAGCUUCGUGUCACUUGCCAGAGAGUCCAAAAACAGGAUUACAUAACCGGGUUCAGGAGGGACUUUGGUUUUCCACUGCUAAAGAUGAGACCCAGGGCCUCACGUGUGCCAGACUGAGCUAUGUCCCCAGCCCCCAAGAGAGAACGUUUUUAAAAAAGACCUUUGAACUCUUAACUUAGGCAUCCUCCUUAGCCCCUGGCUAGAAGGCCAGAGACCGGCUGAAUGCCCUAAUCUUUUUCCAGAAAGCCGUCUAAAUUGCUUGUCCAAUGGCUGACUAAAGUGACCAUCUAGAGUGGGCCAAUACUGCCCUCUGCUGGUGGUUUUUAGUUCAGUCCACAGCUAGCAACAAAGGAAUCUACAGCUUAGAAUAAGAGAGUAGAGUUCAAGACUCAGUUUGUAGCCAGUCUGUCGUCUUCUAUGCUGACAGUAGCUUCAACCCCACUUCACAAAAGCAGGUUUGACCAGGAAGAAGAAGAUGACCCCUCAAAACAGGAGGGCUGGAGACGUAGGCUCCCUGCCAUCCCUGGAACGCCAGAAUUCAGCCUGUGGGAGGGGAAGAGAGCUUCUCUGCAUGUCCUUGGGGAAGCAAGCAGGUGACUUUGGGACACAACAGCUGACGUGACCCCUGUGAAGUUUCACACGCACACCUGACCCACGUGUUAAUUCUGCCUUGUUUAUGCAGAAGGCCUGGCUCCUUGGCGUUCCUGAGAACCAGAUUCCACUGAGCAGGGUGGCUUUGAUGAGAUAAUGGUCUAUGGCAGUGCCAACUCCAGCUCUAAUGAGCUUCCAUUUCCCCUAUGGCUGGGGACAACAUUGUUCCGACAUCAAGAUUAUCACUGUCACUAGUUUUAAAGGGGGGGAAGGGGCAGGCAGAUUUUAUGCUAAGUCAACAAUACUUGCUACAGUCUGUCAUGAAGAGUGAAGACAGAGAGAGAUCCUUCCCCCCUGCACCCCCCUCCCCGUACCCCGUGCACUUCCCCCACCCCACCCUCCACCCCCACCCCCGCCAUGGACAAGAAAGUCAUCAGGACAAAGGAAGAAAGCUGAAUCAGCCAGAAAACACAGGACCGAGGGUGUGGAUUUCCCUGGCAAAGGCCUGCUUUAGAAAGCAAGAGUUCAGGUUUCUCCUAAGGCCAGGGCAAAAUGCAAUGGUUCUAACCCUGAUGUCUGAGCCCCCAUCCCUGCAGCGCCCCCCCACACACACACACUUACACGCCACACACACACACACACACACCGCACACACUGCACACACACGGAGCCUUUCUCUGCGCCCUAGAAAAGUCCUUCUAGGUAGAGUUCAGCCUAGGUUUGCUUUUAUUUUCCUUCCAUCUCCGGCUCUGCCUCCUCAGGACCCAACCUUGAGAGGUUCAGGCUGGCCCGACUUUUUCUCUUUUCUCACUCACUGCCAGACCACCUAGAGGGAAAGGCACCCAAGAGGACUCACUGGCCAUGAAGUGUCUUAAACAAGAGGACCCAGGGACUCCCAGACUUCUGGGGGCAUCCCCAAAGCAAAAAUGCUCCAUAAUCUAAAAUAUCUUGUUGGAAGUACCAACAAGAUAGCACAAGUGAAUGCUUUAGUUCAUUCAUGAAAUGAUCUGAAAGAAUGGGCAGACUGGGCAUAAACUCAGGGAUAGAGUUUGCCUAGCCUGCGGAGUCCUUGGGUCCUUUCCAGCAUCGUCAGUAAAUUGUCCGGGCUAUGUAUGUAAGAGAUAUAUAUAGAUAUAUACUCAUAGUAUAUAUGAACCAUAAAUGGAUUUCAUGAUUAGAGGUGGGUCCCGUCUACCAAAUAUCCCAUUAGGAAUAUGCAAAUAUUAUGGUUUUUUUUCUAAAAUCGAAAACAUUUCUUGCCACAAGUAUUUCAUCAAAGGAAAAUCAACCAACCUAUCAGAAUCAAGGGAGAUAUUGGGGUAAGCGUACCUCAGCUGUAUUUAUAAGUUUGUUUCGUUCCAACAUAUCUGAGUGGCUCCGGAUAACUGGGCAUCCCUGACCCAAGGCAGUCAGUUCCUAAUGAAGUGUCCCUGGAAGGCAAAAGCAAGGGUGACUUCAUGAACUGAUAAUCUUCUAGCCGAGUCAGGACAUGGAAGUGACCGGGUUUAGUUGUGACCUCUAGGAGAUUCUAGCCAGGAACCCACUAACCUUGGCCUUCUUGUUUGGAGCACGGCUGUCUUGGUACUGUAGGAUGGUGAAUACCAUUUGUGGACUUUCCUACUAAAUGCCUCUGGUGGCCUCCCGCCAUCUGGGACAGCCACAAAGGUCACUAGAAAGUACUGAGUACCCCUGAGAGGGCAGGACCUUCAGCCAUUGGACCAAGCAACCACUGCUUUUGGGCCAUGGAGCUGUCUACCUGCGGCUGUAGGCCUUCUGGUUAUAGAGCUGGAGAAAGCCAGAAACCUGCCCCAGUUUGAUGGUUGCUUCUCUAACCUCCUUCAAACCAACAGUGACAUAGCAAAGUCUCAAAACUCCCAAGUCAGAGGGUAGCUCAGCGUUCUUAAGACAGAGGCACUGAGGAGCCACCUCUCACGUAGGGUCUGAGGCUAUCCCCUGUCCCUAUCCCACCUCCGUGACCCAAGCUCUGUCUCCCCACUUUUGUCGCUGUGUUGUCCUUGUGACUGUACGACCCACUCCAGGCUCGGCAAUGGAUUGCCAGAAGUCCCACGUCCCACAUGGGAUCAAGUUACACCCAGAGGGUUCACUUCAGGGGUUACAGGGAGUGGGGGGCAGGAGGAUGGGCAGAGCCCGGGUUCCAUCUCACCACACACAAGCUGUCAGAAACUCGGACGCCCCCACCCACCUCUGACUUCUCCAUGCUGCUAAUCUCUGCCAAGUGUCCUGUGUGCUCCAGCACUGCCACCUGCCCCCACGCCCUCUGCGAGGCUGUCCAGGCUGUGUUCUCGCAUGCUUCUCUUCUAUAUAACCCUCACCUUCUCAUUUGAUGGGAUUCAACACAAAGUCUACUUAUGCUUGUUUGCAUUAUGGUUAAACUAUUAAAAAAAAAAGUG